AUGACAAGACUCACUGACGAUGCCGGCGAAACGUCUGGAAAUGUACUACAUCGACGGUCCGACUCUGGAAAUGAUGAUGCAUACUAUGGACUCAGGAUAAGCUGCGUUCCUCUGCGUCUUUCUGCCCAUAUGACCAAGUUGCGAAGACAAGAUCAAGCAACUUGUCUACGACGAAAGGAGACCGCGGCCAUACUGGUUUUCAUACCUUCGAUCAGUCUAACAUUGUUGAUUCCACGUUGUUUUCGCAACUUGGUCAGGGCGUCAGGUAGACCUUGUGGAACGUACUUAGUCCCGUGUCCUUUGCCAGAGUAUUUGUCAUUCCCAGAAUUGGAUCAUUGGCUGGAUACAUUCCCAAACGUUUCACUGGCAUCGUCAGGACAGAGUUACAACUUAGCAAAGUGA